UCAGCAAGCCGGAAGUUGAGGCGGGACUUCCGGAGCACAGCCUCGAGGCCGAGCUGCCUGGGUAUCUCUUCGUUGCGCUCUGCCCCGAGCAGCUCUAGGCGGCGGCUGUUCGCGCUGUGGCGUCUUCGCGUUGCUGGUCGCGCUACCUAUGACUCCGAUGCACCGGCGGUGGGUGCUGGCCCCGGGAGGCCUGUCUCGGGUGCGCGUGGGGCCGUGGAACCGUGGGCGGCUUGCAGCCUCGGAGGGCCCCAGACGGGAGGGCGUGUGAGGGGCGCCCUGUGGACGCUGCCCAACAGAGCCGAGCCCUCCCUGCCCUGGAGCCGGGCGGCGGGACCGCUCGGCGAGGCAGCCGCAGAGCGACCGGCAGAGGCAGUGAUGAUAACCUCAAGAUUUUAAAAUGAACUGAAUAAUACUACAAAGCAUGGACUCUCCAAGGGGAGAGAGAGUGAAGGUUCCCCCUGCUCUGUUCUGUUGCUGCAUGGAUGAGUGCCUUGAGUCAGUGUUCUCCCUGCUUGUGCACCGUCUCUCCGAGCGGCCACGCCAGGUCCCAGCCAUGCCCAGCCUCAGAGUAUGCUCUAAAGAGGCAGCAGUGGAGCUCUCAGUUCCUGGACCAUCCCCUUGGACCCCUAGAGCCCAGGCCUGUGUGGAGUGAUGCUCCUGCCGAGACCCACCCUGGAUCUGCACUUCAUGGUUCCCUCUGUUGUGGUGACGCUGAGCCAGGAGCCACCUCCCCUCACCAUCAGCAGCCAGGCUGGGACACCAGGACUAAGGGCCAGGAGUUUGUUCAGAAGGAAGAAGUUUCUGAGGACUUGGAGUCACAGGUAGAAAUAUCAGACAGCUCUGGCAGUGAUGCUCCCCAGACACCUGAGCUUGGAGGACUCCGUGGUGGUGUAGAAGAAAGAGACUGGGGGGUCCCUGCGGAUGAGAGGCAGAUGCACCGCCCUCACCAGGAGGGAGCCUUCACUCUAGCACAGAUGCUUCUCAGGAGCCCCUCAGGAGAGAGAGAGGUGGACUGUGAUGACAUCAAGAGCAGCUGCAGCCGGAGCCCAAGCCCAGUGGAGUGUCAGGGGCCUCCUGCAGAGGGGAGGCCCCAUCCACUUGGCAUACGGAGCCUGCCCUGCAGCCUGGACCUGCCCAGCUGCACAGGACUUCACAUGGCUGAAAGCCCAUUCAUAUGCAGCGAGUGUGGGAAAACCUUCGAAGGAGACCCCGAUCUUACUCAGCAUCAGACAGUGCACGCUGGACACAAGUCCUUCAUCUGUAACGAGUGUGGAAGGCUCUUCAGCACACACACAGGCUUCCUCCAGCACCAGCUUACCCACCAUGGGGAGAAGCUGCAUGUGUGUUCUGAGUGUGGGAAGGCCUUCUGCCAGAGCUCCAGCCUUAAAAAGCACCAGAAGUCCCAUGUGAGCGAGAAGCCCUAUGAAUGCAGUGAGUGCGGGAAGACCUUCAGGCGCAGCUCCAACCUCAUCCAGCACCAGAGAAUCCACUCUGGCGAGAAGCCUUACGUGUGUCAUGCCUGUGGGAAGGCCUUCAGGCGCAGUUCCAACCUUGUCAAGCACCAGAGGGUCCACACAGGGGAGAAGCCCUUCGAGUGUACUGAGUGUGGGAGGGCCUUCAGCCAGAGCUCACACGUGAGGAAGCACCAGAGGGUCCAUACUGGGGAGAGGCCUUACUCAUGUAGCGAGUGUGGCAAGCCCUUCAGCCGGGUGUCCAACCUCAUCAAACACCACAGGGUCCACACGGGGGAGAAGCCCUACAAGUGCAGUGACUGUGGGAAGGCCUUCAGCCAGAGCUCGAGCCUCAUCCAGCACCGGAGGAUCCACACUGGGGAGAAGCCUCAUGUGUGUGCUGUGUGUGGCAAGGCCUUCAGCUACAGCUCGGUGCUCCGAAAGCACCAGAUCAUCCACACGGGGGAGAAGCCAUAUGAGUGCGGCGUCUGCGGGAAGGCCUUCAGCCACAGCUCCGCACUCGUGCAGCACCAGGGUGUGCACACGGGUGACAAGCCCUACGAGUGCCGCGAGUGUGGAAAGACCUUUGGCCGCAGCUCCAACCUCAUCCUGCACCAGCGGGUCCACACGGGGGAGAAGCCCUAUGAAUGCACUGAGUGCGGGAAAACCUUCAGCCAGAGCUCAACUCUCAUUCAGCAUCAGAGGAUUCACAACGGGUUGAAACCCCACGAGUGUAACCAGUGUGGCAAAGCCUUCAACCGGAGCUCCAACCUCAUCCACCACCAGAAGGUCCACACUGGAGAGAAGCCCUACACCUGCGUCGAGUGUGGGAAGGGCUUCAGCCAGAGCUCACACCUCAUUCAGCACCAGAUCAUCCACACGGGCGAGAGGCCCUAUCAGUGCAGUCAGUGUGGGAAGUCCUUCAGCCAGCGCUCCGUUCUCAUCCAGCACCAGCGGAUCCACACUGGGGUGAAGCCCUAUGACUGCACGGCUUGUGGAAAGGCCUUCAGCCAGCGGUCAAAGUUGACCAAGCACCAGUUGAUCCACACCAGGGAGUGAACCCCUCGCAGCUUCACCCUGACCCCCUGGCUGUGCCUCGCUCUCCCUCCCCAGACUUGAGGUGCUCUUGCUCACUCCGUCCACUCCAUGGUCACUGCCCAUUAGGCCGCUGUCCACAGAGGCCACCGUCCACAGACUGGGGACUGUCCUGUGGUCCUGCUCCUUCUCCCAAGUCCCCUGCCAUCACCUUUGUCUCCAGUGAGCUCAUUUCUCUUUGUUGUUUGUUUUUCCAGUUUGUUAUGAGACAGCUGUACUUGUUAGAAGGGAAAGGAUUAUAGAGGCUGUGCAGUCAUCCAUAGAGUUUAUUACUGUUAAGGAACACAACCAAGAAAGUAAAUGAGAUUUGGUUUGAGACAACCACAGACCUCUGUGUGCUCACUAGUCAAGGGACUGAGUCCUUUGUCAGUGGUUGUGGCUGGUAUCUUUUCAUAAUGUCGGGUUGAGAGUUUUCAGGUCUGGUUGCUGUCAACCUCCCCACCCCCCCAUCCUACCUGGUAAUGGGACUUGACCCUCCCUGCUCCCCUCUCUCCGUGGUGUCCGUCUGCAGUCUGUGGUUAUGUGUUCUUGCUCUGCGGUGGCUCAGGCCCUGUGGCCCCACUCAGGCUGCAGCACAAUUGUACAUGAGGCAGUUUCUGAGCUCUGGUCCUGGGCCUCACCCACAGGGGCUGCUCUACAUGCUCCUCCCUUCCUCUCCACAUGCUCCUGGAUCCAUCGCCAGACAUUUACAGGGCACCUAGGUGCCCCUAAGAGGUGGGCAUUGGCUCCUGACUCCCUGCAUUGGGGAACUUAGCCCAGAAGCCACACUUCUGCCACCAGGGAGGGCCUGACCUGGGAAUGUCCUGGAAGGAUGGGGGACCCUUCCUGCACUGUUCCAGGAGGAAAGGAGGCAGUGGCUUGUAGUCAUGAAGGGAAGGGAAGGUAUGGCUUCUGAGUUCUCAAGGAAGUAGAGGCAAGGCCAGCAGUUGCAAGAGGGAGAGGUGGUUUGAGGCUGAAGAGAAGAGAGGGUGGAGGGGUGACUCGGAUGCGCAGACAAGUCCAUGGGCUUGGGUGGCAUGGGCUGCCUAGCGUCUCCUCCAAGGCCCCAUGAAGCAGCUGUCCCUGCUGCCCUGCAGAGGCCCUGUCAUAGCCUCCCCUACACUUUGGGCGCCAUCCCACCCCCUCUCCCCCGGCAAUACCUAAUGGGAUACAGUUUCCAGACUUGGCCUCAGCCUGACAAGACUGCUCCUAUUCUGUCAGGCAGCUCCUCUGGCUUCACGUUCCUCCUCUGCCAGUCUGGCUUUGAUUUAUGAUUCCUUUUUUCAGUAAGUAUCUGUGUCUGCCUCUACUCCGCUCUUUCGCUGAUUGGCCCGCUUGCUGCUGGCCUGUGUCGCUCAGCCCUGCUGCACAUGGUGCGCUGUCACAUCCUCUGCUACGGAGUCGGAGACCCCUCCAACAAGAGGCUAAAAUUGGUGCAAUACCAAAUUUGUGCAAGACUCCUCCACAGAAGGGGCUUCAGCCACCUCCUGCUAGGCCUCCUGGAGUCUCUGGACCGCUCAUGAUGGCACUCAGUUGUCCAAGGGCUUCUGAUGCAAGAAACUGCCCUCUUUCCCCCAUACAACAUGCCACUAGAGCUGCAAUUACUGAAACUGGACCUCCUGAGCCCAUGACCCUCUGUACCCAGCUGCUCAUUACGCUCUGGGUCACAGAAGCAGUACCCAACAAGCUUAGGGGCUGCCGAGCUGCCUUGGUGCAGGAUGGAGAUGAACCUGGGCCUUUGGCCUGCUCCACCUGCACGAGGAAUAGCCUCACCUAUUCUCAGUCCCUUUCCAGAUGUCAGGCUGCUGGACCCUGUCCACCUGGGGAGCUCCAGGGUGGGAUGAACUCGGGGAACAGCAGUGGGAGUUCCAAGACUAUAGGCAGAGAAGUGCCAACCGUCAUGGAAGAUGGAGCUCAGAGGGGAGCUGCUCCUCAUAUUUAACCAGGACGACUCUGAUACAGGGCCAGACUGGAGGGUCAGCAUGACUGGCCAAACACCAGGCAGUUGUCUUAGCACCCAGUGACUUGACUCACAAACAGCCUCAUCUGUACAUUUUUACAAACUUGUGCUGUCACCUAAGAGUUGCACCCUUUGGUGUAAAAAGCUCCAGGAAUCUCUUGCCUCACAGAUGCCCCAAAAUACCAGUCAAGGUCUCUAGAUGGCUCUCCCUAUACUUAGGCACAACACGAGGCCUCCCCUGCAUGCCCUCAUCCCCUCCGGAGUCACAGGUUUUACUGAGAGUGGCCAAGGCACCCUUGUCAGUUUUACCUGCUGCAGGCUGCAGAGUCCACACAGCUCAUUUAAACAGCUCUGAAUUAGCUGAGUGAAACAUGGUGUGUCUCUCAUCAAACAUCAGGGUGAGUGGUGACUAGCAGGCUGGCACCUUGAGGCCUCGUCCUUCUCGUUUCAUGCCCACAUCUGGAAAAGCAGAAAAGCCAGCCAGAUGCUCUGCCCUCUGAUGCCAGCAGGAGACGGAAAGCAUCCAGGCCCUCGCCUGUGCCCAGGGACUAUCCCGCCAGCCUCUCCUGCUGACCGCAGUAGAGGCCCAGGCUGCCGACCCUUCUUGCUCUCAAGCCACCUCAGACCUGUUCCAGAGGCCUUCUCUACCCUCCUCAGAGACCUCCU